AAUCUUAGAGCACGCCACAAGGAAAUUUUUAUCAACAUGAUCAUCAGUUUGUGGAUUUGUUUUGCACAUUUGUGAAAGGUGGACGUUUUAUAAUGGAUUUAUACGCAUUUUGUUUCAGAAGUCUCCUAGCUGAAAGGGAUUGUACUAGGCUCUACAACUUUAGCCAUCUGAUAUUGAAAGACACAGUAGGUGGCUAAGGACCUUAGGUGUCUUUUCAUUACUGUUUUUUUCGGCUCAAUUGUUUUUCACGAAUCAAAAAUGGGCUGCUCACCAUCAAAAGGUAACAAUUUUGGCACUCUGGGUACCAUGAAGAAGGGGAGAAUGCUACCCUUUGUGCCUCAAGAAAAACAUCCUCCUCACGAAGAUGAAGACAAUUAUAACUCUACUGGAGCUACAAAUGGAGAUAUAAAAGAGCAAAAAGGAGCUCUGCACAUCCUAACAUCUCAAGAGGAACAAAUGACACCACAGAAAAAGAGACCUGUCCCCAAGCAAGUGAACGUAGAAGCAGUGGCCAUCAGCAAAUUAGAAAAUCGGGUAAUGAACAAUAGCACAGCAUCACUGAGAAAAGAGAAAAUCAUGGACAAGCAAGAUUUAGUAGAUAAAAAAUCUUGCAAAAAGACAAAGAAAAAUAACAAAAGUGGAAGAACUCCUAAGAAAAAAGACGUGGACAAAAACAAAGUGUUUACGGAUCAAAAAGUGGAUUUUCCAGAACCUUUGGUGGAAGCUCAUCAAGCUGCCUAUGCCUUUUUGAACCCUAGCAUAAACAAAUACGAUUCUUUACUUGGACUUUUGGAGCAAGUUACACAAACUCAGGUUUCUGUGCAGACAAUGGUUGCCUUCAUGGCUUUACGUUACGAGGAAAUCAUUGAGGGACUGGGAGAGAUGGCAGAGGAGGGAGAAAAACUUUUAAAAGAACAUGGAGAACAUCUUGCUUGGACAAGCCAAAUGAAAAAUCUCUCAUCUUCUCCACCACGAAAGUCUGGCUCUGUUAUUGAUCAACCUCCACCGGAUUUGUUGCAGCAGCUGCUACAGUACACCACACAGAGAAUGAGAAAUGUGAGUCACACUGUUGGUGGAAUUGGGGACUCUGCUUUGGAGGAAGCAGUGGAGUAUUUUGCCUCAGUGUCAGAGCUUUUAGAGGAGAAACUGAAAGCUAAACAUGCAGCUCAGGUUCGAUUAAUGCAACUCUUAACCCGUAUUGAAAUGGCCUCUCUGCAAAAACCUGGACCAGAAGAUUCUGCUCUGUUUAGUGAGGACAGCGGUAUUGGGGCUGAGAAUGAAUCCUUAAAUGGAUCUGAAAAAUGUCAUAGGCGAGAGAGUUGUGGGUCUACUGGCACAAACAGAAGUAUAGUCAGUCGCAGGAAGAACACAUCCAUAAAUUUAAGUGGAGCAUCGAGGCAAAAGUAUCAGACUCAAAUAAGUCAAAGUGUAUCCCUCACUUCACUAAACUCACUUGAUUCUACAUGUACCAUAACGCCCAAUGACCAGAAAGACUCAGUAUUAGGCUCAGUCUCCUUAGACGAUGGAGAAGAUGACAACAAUGAUGAGGAAGAGGUAGACCGAGAAGUGGAGGAUGUCCAAGUAGCAUUUAGAAUGCGAUCUAAUUCUUCACCGGUCAGCAGUGAAAAACCUACUCACCGUCCACCAAUAAAACGCAUAGAAAAUCCUCAAAAUGUAGAAAUGACUCUUAAAAUGAAAAAAGCUAUAAGUGGAAAAAUACAGUUUGUACCAAAACAGAACACCGCUGCUCAUUUUAAAGUAGCUGGAAGCCCCAAGACCAUUAGACGGGAGUGGACAGAUGAGGAACUGCAAUCUCCAAAAAGGCCUCAGACAGCAGCAGCUGUUCAGACGGCGGAAGUGAAAAAGAAACCAGUGACAAGAGGGCAACGUUCCCGUUCAGCAGAAUCGCUUCGAAGUAGAGGUGAAGAUCCUACGUUACUUGAACUGGAAAGGACACAAAAGAACUUAAACCAGAGGUUACAGAGGAUGAGUAAAAGCAAAGUGGGAGAAAACACAAGGACGGCUCCAUUAAAAUCCGUUCAAAGAAACUCAUCAAACCAUCUACCAACAAUAAAUCGUAAACAUUCCUCACAAGGUAAAGACAGUAAUGCCCAGCCACUUAAAGAUACAAAUAAGAAAGUGGGACCAACCAAUGAUAUGGAAGAGGAUAAACAAAAGGAGACAAAAACAUCCAGGGGUCCUAUAAAAGUCACUCCACCACCUAGUCCACCUUUAUCACCACGGCCAUCCUCUGGUCUUCAUAGAGGCAGGAAUUCAGUCAAAAAACUGAUUGAUACCUUCAGUCAAGGAAUAGAGGACAAAGAAGGUCCUCAAUUUCUUGGGGCUCUGAAAGGUGUACGAAGAUGUGGCGUUCCAGUUCUGCCUGGUUUAGGCAAUGUAGAAGCUGUGCUCAGUGCUGGCUUAACAAGUUGUAGACUGGAAUCCACAGUGCCAGGGAAAACUGAUUGUUUUGAUCUGGACAGUCUUCCACCUCCUCCAUUAGAAGUACUAAUGGACAAUUCUUUUGAAAGUGUCCCAUCUCCUGCUGCAGGAGAUGGAGCUACAAAAGUAGGUAAGUCACCUGUGUUAAAAAGAGCUGCAGUAUCACAUCGACUAAGGGCUUCAGUUCAGUCUGUCACAGUGCUACCAAGCAAAGGAGGACUGCCACAAUCUUCAAAGGUGGUUUCUACAGCUAGGUUGGAUCAACAAGCAACAUCCGUUUCAUCAAAGGUCAGCCAAUCAGAUGUUCAACCACAUCCAGGAAUAGGAACAGACUCUUUAUUUCAGCAAGCCAAAAAGAUCAUAAACCUAAGACAAUCUUCAGACUCGAACCCAGAGAGGUCAUCAACAAAAUGUGUAGCAACAUCUAAAGUUCAAGGAGAAACAACAGUGCCUGAAACUAGCGCAUCAACCUAUACAGUGCCUACUGUUCCAGUAGCCACCAGCCAACCACCUGCCACCCCACCAAUCACCAGAGGACGAAUCCUUCCCUCUACACCACCCAUUUCAAACAGCUUACAUCGACGACUUCCCAGUCCCCACAGUUUAAAAAGUCCAUCUAUGCCACCCUCAACCGUUACUUCCCCCGUUAGGACACUCCCUGCACCACCAGAUCUUCAGAAGAGACUUCCCAGCCCUCCUGUUUUAAAGAAGGACAUUUUAAACUCAAACUCAGCCCAAUCAUACUCUUUUAAAGCCCCAUCUCCACCUGCAUCGCCAAAAGUAAAAAGAUGGUCAAGGGAGAACAGCAACGAGGACUCGUCUGGUGCUCGAACGUUCAGUAACGCUCGUUCAGUUUUCUGUCCCAGCUCUCCAUCUAUGUUUGAGGCCCAGCCUUGUUCAGCUCCCCAACCACCUCAAGCAUGGACUUCUACCAGAGUUUCUGUUCUCUCAAGAUUUUGGGGGAGUCGAGGGAGGUUCUCUGAGUCCGUUCAAAGAACUAGAUCCUUGGUUCGACGCAGCCACUCAGACCGAAGACCUAGUCUGAGUAUGGCCCAACAACCUCAAGGUUUUUCUGUUGCUGAAAUUUGUGGGAGUGAGCCAGCAAUAUCUUCAAAGGGGCUGGACGAUGAACCAACCGGGUACGAGGAUUUAUGGGGCAGCCAAUCAGAACUCCGAGCGACAACACGCUCUGCAUCACACCCGGACCUUUGUGUUGUUGGACGAGCCUUGCACAGGGUCUGAAGGGGACAACAC